CGCCCCGCGCUCUGGUCCCUCUGCGGCCCAUUCUCCGUUACUCGCUCUGCAGACCCAAGUCGCCCUCGGCGCUGAGCCGCGAGAUGUUCUUCAGAGCUGCCUGGAGCUUGGUACUGAAGAAAGCAGGACCCGGGAUGCGGCGGAUGCACAGCCCAGGAAGCGCUGCCCACAGUGAGCGGAAGAUGCCCCCUUACAGCAACUACCAUGCCCAGCGCUCCUACCCCAUGCCUGAUGAGCCCUUCUGCACAGAGCUCAACGCUGAGCAGCAGGCCCUGAAGGAGAAGGAGAAGGGCAACUGGACCCAGCUGAGCCAUGCCGAGAAGGUGGCCUUGUACCGCCUCCAGUUCCAUGAGACCUUUGCAGAGAUGAACCGUUGCUCCAAUGAGUGGAAGACAGUGAUGGGCUGUGUCUUCUUCUUUUUUGGAUUCACAGCUCUGCUGAUUUGGUGGCAGCGGGUCUAUGUGUUCCCGAAGAAGCCCAUCACCCUGACGGAUGAGUGGAAGACCCAGCAGCUCCAGCGCAUCCUGGAUAUGAAGGGCAACCCUGUGCAAGGCCUGGCCUCCCGGUGGGACUAUGAGAAGAAGGAAUGGAAGAAGUGACGUGGCAUCCGGGCUGCCCUCCCUGCAGUUCCACCCCGGCCUAGAGCCUACGGAGGGCCCUUUCCUCUUCUUAACGCCAAUAAAACUGGCCUGUUCUCUUCUG